UUCUUCUUCUCUACAGAUUCUCCUUAUUUUUUUUUAUAUUCUUUCCUUGCCCUAAACCAUAUUAUUGAUUGCUUUUCUUCACUAUAUAAUAGAGAGAUUGAGAGAAGGAUAGCUAUAUAUAUGCUAGUAGACUUGUAAAGAAACUUUAAAGGGAAAAAAAUAUAUAUAUCAAGAAAUGGCAGACUGGGGGCCAGUAGUGAUAGCAGUAGUUCUAUUUGUGCUGUUAAGUCCAGGAUUGUUGUUUCAGUUGCCUGGAAAGGGCAGAGUCGUUGAGUUUGGAAACAUGCAGACAAGUGGGUUGUCUAUACUGGUUCAUACCAUCAUCUUCUUUGCUCUUGUUACUAUCUUCCUUAUUGCAAUUGGUGUUCACAUUUAUACAGGAUAGCUUUUCUUUCUUUUGCUGCAUGUUCUUUGUUCUAUCAUCUAAUCUUUGUUUCAUUUUGUGAUUCUAGGUCUUGUAAUUGAAUUAACCUUUUCUGGGUUUUGUCAUAGUUGUUGGUGUUGUUAAUAAAACCGUGUUCUAAUUGUGUCA